AUGGCUUCCUCCAAGAUGUGUGACGCGAGCCGAGCGGCCUCCGCUCUGCGCUACUGCGUGACGGUCAGCGGCACGGUGCUUCUGGUAGCUGGGACACUCUGCUUCGCUUGGUGGAGUGAAGGAGAGGCAGGGGCCCGGCCCGGCCAGCUGGCCCCACCCACUGGGCACCCCAUGCCUGAGACCCCCAGGCCCCUGCUCAGGCCGGUCAGCUUCUUCUGCUGCGGUGCAGGAGGCCUGCUACUACUCUUGGGCCUGCUGUGGUCCGUCAAGGCCAGCACCCGGGGGCCUCCCCAGUGGGACCCGUGUCACCUCUCCAGAGACCUGUACUACCUCACUGCAGAGCCCUCGGAGAAGGAGAACCACAGGCUCCCAGAGGUGGCUGCCAUCCCCACUUAUGAGGAGGCCAUGUGCUGCCCACUCGCCGAGGGGCCCCCGACACGGCCCAUGGACCCCCUGGAGGAAGGCCUGAAGGACAGUGCCUCUGGGGAUGCCCUGCUCGGGACCCAGCGCCCCCUGCUGCCGCCCAGCUACGAGAGCAUCAUUGGUGCGGUGCGUGGCAUCUAUGGAGAGACAGGCCCGGCUCGGACUGCAGAUGAGAAGGUGGGGGCCCAGGGGCAGGGGCAGGAUGAGCCCGAGGUCGCACACUGA